AUGGCAACCGCUUUCAAUUUACAGGCAUUCUUGCUUCAUCCCUCGGCCGAAGCACUUGAGCUCUGUAAAAAGAAGGAUCUAUUUGAGGUUGCCGAUCAUUUUGAGAUUUUGUAUUCCCGUCAGAGCAGCAAGGCCGAACUCAAGGUGCUGCUCCUGGAUGGUUUGGUGGAGAGGGGCUUGCGUUUGAUCCCAGAGGCUGAGAGGUCUGAUGAGAGCAUCGUGCAUGCGACUACCCCGAGACGACGUACGGAGACGCCUGCGGAUGGCCCUCCCAGAGCGGAGCGUGAGUUUGUAGAGGGCGAUGCGCGGCCUGAACCACCGCGCACUCCUCCUCGCUACGGGCCGCCCUCCCCAGCUCCUUCCUCUCCCGGCUCAGUUGGUGGUGCUUGGCGCGCUUCGCGGCUGGCACGCAUCAAGAGUGAGGCCGAGCAGAAGGAUCGGGACCGCAGUGCCGAGCUCGAACUGCAUAUACGGAGGCUUGAGAUCGAGGCUGACAAAGCUGUGCGCCUCAGACGCCUUGAGCUGGAGGCCGAAGGCCGCCUCCCCAGUCCUACUCAACGCCCGGGCGUCGCUGCACCUGCCACAGCCCUCUCCCCAGCUGUUCAUGACUCUCUUGACCCUGAUCGUCCACGCUCUCCUGGAACCUCCACAAGGGACAGUCUGCUUCUACUGCCGCGAGCCCGGACACGUAAUCGCAGACUGCCCUACUCUCAGACAAAAGGAGGAGUGUUCAGCUCCAAACGUUCAGAGCAUUGGGUUAAUUCAAUCUGGGGCAUGGUGUUUCCUCCCCUGUUGGAUGCGGUUCUGUCCCCGCUUGUGUGUGCCUCUGAUCGUCAGAUGCCCACGGGUUGUGCUGUGGCGCACACCCGUCCUCCAGAACAGUGCGGUUGUAGACUGCCCGCCACUCAAGUGAAACCACGGGUACCGCCGCACUUUACUCCACCCGCCACUUCUGGAUUCGCCACGAGAGAGGCAAAGUCUGUGAUUCUGUGUUCGGGCUCCGCCCCGCUGCAUGCUGAAAACAACCACCGCCUGAAUCUUUUCUAUGUUGCCAAUGAUGUGAUUCAAAACUGCAAGAGAAAGAAUGCCAUUGUCUUUCGGUCCAGUUUUGCAAAUGUCCUCCCAAAUGCUGCUCAUCUCAUCAGGGAUGUCAAAGUCUGUAAGUCAAUUGAGAGGAUCUUUACUAUAUGGGAAGAAAGAAGUGUUUAUCCUGCAGAAACCAUUGCCCUGUUCAAAGAAGGUUUGAACAAAAAGGAAGAAAAAGAAAAACAGAGAGUAAAGGAGAAGGAGAAGAAAAGGGAAAAAGAUAAAGAUAGGGAAAAAGAGAAGGAAAAGGAGAAGAAGCCGCCUCCAUCCUCAAGUGCGCCAUCAACAACAAAAGCUGCCCUCAAAUCCAAGAUUCUGGCUGAGUUUGCUCCACAGUCGCUCAUUGAAGACUUGUCCCUAUAUAAGCAAGCUGUUGCAGAAGAGGAGUUCAGAGAAAAACAGCUGGCCACUCUGAGAGUAGACGUCUGCAGCUCAGAGGCUUUAAAGAGACUCAAAGACAAGGCUGGGGGAAACAAAUUUGCCAAGGACUUUGAGGAAGGUGGUCUGAAGCUGCAAGAGUUUGUGAGCUUUCUUGAAAAAGAAAUGAAAAGGGGUCCUUCUCUGUUGGAGUCUUUGGGAAAUGCAGAUGUUUUUUAUGAAAUGCAAUAUAAAGAAGUUAGAAUUGUGGCCAACGCUUACAGUGCUUUUGCGAGUCGUGUGGCCAGUUUAAAAAGAAAACUGGAUUCUCUUAAAGCAACAUUACCUGGAGCAGAAGACUCCCCCAUCCCUUCACCUUCUGAGGACGCUCCCUCUCCCACUGGCUCAGACUCUCCAAUAAUGCAGCUGGAUGUGAACAGAGCUCAGCUGGACCCAGAGCUAGACGGCAAAGCUAUGGACGAAACUAAUGACAACCUUGAAGAUGAGAUGGACUUGUCUGACGAGGAGGAUGAGACCACUGUAUUGGAGGAAAACAACAAAAAGGACAUUGAGAUCACUGCAGUAGAGGCAGAAAAUGUCCCAACUACUCCAACAAACUCUUCAAAGACUAAUGAUGUUGCCACUGCUGCAAGCACCCCCACCACUGUGAAUACCAACCCGCUGGGAGUUAACCUGGCAAAAGUGGACCUAGGGAAGAUCAGCUCCAUUCUUAACUCUCUGACGUCUGCUAUGAAGAAUACAACAAGUCCAGCACUUAAGUCAACUCCUGGGGCCCCUUCUACUACAUCAGGACCAACCUCUUCAAUAACUGCUUCUCCAAGCCCUGCACUUGCAAGCAUCUUAUCCCGUGUUGACAUCACUCCUGAAGGCAUAUUAAAUGCUCUUUCAAAAACAAACACACCAGGUUUGUCUUCUUUACUGCAUAGUGUAACAAACAGCUCUGCUUCUGGCAGUCACAAGUCCCCCCCUGUGAAAUCAUCAGUAAAAACACCAAUCACCCCAAUCCCCCCUAAAAUCAAACUAUCUUUAAACAGCCCGAUGAAAAGAGAAACGCCAGUCAAAAACAAGGACCGGGAAAGGCAGUCGUCCCCUCCUCCACCUUCUCGAAGCAUUGCUCCCCCUAUGUCAACUCCUAUUAGAGACGAGACUGCCGGUACUCCCACUCAGGAUGAGAUGAUGGACACGCCUGGAAGUGUCCCGGAAUCCUUGGGUUCCUCUGGAAGCCACCCUCUCUCACCCACGGCCUAUCGUAGUGAUCCAUGGGAUGCUGUGAUCACGCCAUCUGGAAGCAACAACGAAAGUCUGAAGAAAUGGCUCCUGCUCUUCAACUUCCUCUUCCACCCCUGCCACCCCCACAUCCUUUUCUCCAUCUACACCCUCCCUCCUCUCACUCUCACCCUCCCCCCUCUCACUCUCACCCUCCCCCCUCUCACUCUCACCUUCCCCCCUCUCACUCUCACCCUCCCCCUUCUCACUCUCACCCUCCCCCUUCUCACUCUCACCCUCCCCCCUCUCACUCCCAUCCUCUCCCCUCUCACUCUCAUCCUCCUCACUCUCAUCCUCCUCCUCCUCACUCUCAUCACCCUCACUCUCAUCACCCCCCUUCUCACUCUCAUCAUCCUCAACCCUCCCUCACAUUCUCUCCCUUCCCAGCCCCACCUUCUGCCCCCUCAUCACUUCCCUCUCCCCUAUCUCAAUGAAGCUCCCCCGUCUCAUCUUCACCAGCAUCCACCUCCUACUUCUCCUUUCUUUAAUACACACAUGCCCCACAACAGGCCUCCCCCUUUACCCCAGAGGCCCCCUACCCCUCCUCUUCACUCCCCUGUGCCAACAGCUGUGAUGGUGGGCGGGGUGUUGGUACCUGUGGAUCAUUCUUUACCGUUGUCUCUCCCAAUUAGACAAGAGGGGCCUGACCGAGGGGCUCCCAGAGCAAAUAAAGGCCCUCGCUUUAUGGCGUCAUUACUGGGGGAACCUCCACAACUCCCGCGGCCAGGAACUGUUAAGGAUUAUUUUGGUCUUCGAAUGGCACCCCCUCUCCAUCGCCCUGGUACUCCUGGGGUUCCUCCGCCUUUACUGGGCCGAGUCAAAGAGCCUCCGCAUCUCCAUCCUCCACUCCUCUCUCCCUCCUCCCACUCUCAUUCUCCCCCCAGCCCAUUUAAUGUUGAUACUUCUUUGCAGCUCAUACCCCCUCACCCCAGUACUCCUCCAUCCUUUAAACCUCUUGAGCAGAGAGAGGCUCCUGAGCAGAAAAAGCCCCCUGGAAAGAAAAAGGCCCCCGAGCCAAAGGCUCCAGUGCAAAAUGCCCCUGAGAAGAAGGUUCCGGUGCAAAAUGCACCUGAGAAGAAGGUUCCGGUGCAAAAUGCACCUGAGAAGAAGGUUCCGGUGCAAAAUGCACCUGAGAAGAAGGUUCCGGUGCAAAAUGCACCUGAGAAGAAGGUUCCGGUGCAAAAUGCACCUGAGAAGAAGGUUCCAGUGCAAAAUGCACCUGAGAAGAAGGUUCCAGUCCAAAAUGCACCUGAGAAGAAGGUUCCAGUCCAAAAUGCACCUGAGAAGAAGGUUCCAGUGCAUAAUGACACUGAGAAGAAGGUUCCAGAGCAAAAUGCACCUGAGAAGAAGGCUCCAGUGCAAAAGGCUCCAGUGCAAAAUCCCCCUGAGGAGAAAGCUCCAGUGCAGAAGCCCCCAGAGGAGAAAAAGGCCCCUGAGCAGAAGACUCCCGUCAGUAGCCCAGUCCCUCCCCGUCCAAAAGGCCCUCCUCAUUUCAACAUGCCCCGGCCGCUCUUCAUGACUGAGCCCAUCCCACAGAGGCCUCUGGUGCGAGGCCGCCUGCCUCCUCCCAGUUUUAGAGGCUUCAGAGGCAAGCGUCAUGGCCCUCCUUUUGGAGGUCCUUUCUAUCCUCCUAAAAGACCCUUCCUGCCCCCUCGCUACUGA